UGGUGCGAGGAUGUAGACAGGCAGCACGGAGCAGGUCUGCCAACAUUUUGACAAAAAUGCAUAGCUUUCAAUAGACAUGGUGGGAAGAGGAAAAGUUGUGUUCAAACUCUGGAGUGCUUCGGGAUUUAAAUUCAGUUUGCAGGCGCCGAUGGAAAGUGAAACUGGACUGGAGCAUAUCUGGAGUGUCUGGCCAUCCUGCCUUUGCCUACAGUAGGAGGUUUGCUGCCUGUUGUAGGCUGUGCGUAUUUGUUCCUCACCAGUGAUUCCUUAUGCUUGAUAGAAGCUGCACCCUGUGCUUUACAGGAUGGACGGUGUGGACUUAAACAGACUUGUGUAUCAACAUCAACACUCUGUGUUCUGCUGCGGUGUUCAGUCUUUUUCCAUUUACAAGAGAACACCUCCCAUCUUACACCUCCAGUCUCUGCACUAUAUAUAUAAAGACCGUCUUUGAGCAAUUAAAAAAGACAUCCAGAGAUAGAAGUUGUAUGAUUUUCUAUCUUUUUUCUUUUUAAAGCACAGGUGAUACUGCUUACAUAAGCCUGUAUGAUAGACAUGGAAAUAUCCCUAUUUUAAUUUUUCAGUUGUUGUACCCCCUUACUCUUAGUGUGGGUGGUGGGAUGUCGGAAAAGCCAGACGACAAAAUGGUGAAGUUCCUGGCUCCCCCUCAGAAGAGUGGAAAUGGCCCCAGUUCUGGGUCAGAUUCGAUGGUGGUUGAAUGCCGGCCAGCAGAAGUGAGACGCAGGCAUCACACCAUGGAGCGUGAUCGAUGUAACCCUGAACACCGUUUCUUGCGCCGCAGUGUCAUCAGUGAUUCCAAUGCUACGGCAUUGGCCCUCCCGUUACCAAGCAAGAUCCCAAUCCCUGCACCUCAACGGGUUCAGCUACAGGAAGCCGUCCCCCAGCAGCAACAGGCUGUAGCUGAUGUUCAUUUGCCGCAGACUGAAACAAGUUUAGCUCAAAAUACGGAGUCUGCUGAUAGUGUAAGACGAGGAGAAGUAGGAAAAGAUAUAGAAAUAGCCAAGGUGGAUGUAGUGCCUUCAGACCAGGAGCCUGCCAGUGUACAAAAUACCUGUGAUGAAGAGGUGGUGAUAGCAGUUCACUCCGCACCAGAGUUAGGAAGAGAAUUGCCAAGUCAAACAGAACCUGAAAGCACCACUGAGGUGAAGGUGAAUCAUGAAGAAGAGGGGGAAGAGGAGGAUAAGGACUCUGCAAAGGCACGAGCAGAGGCAGAACAGAGAGAAGCUGAGAAAAGAGUGCAGGACGACAUCGAAGAAGCAGAAACCAAAGCGGUGGGAACAUCACCGGAUGGGCGUUUCCUAAAGUUUGAUAUAGAAAUUGGACGUGGCUCCUUCAAGACCGUCUACAAGGGCUUGGACACUGAGACCACAGUGGAGGUGGCUUGGUGUGAGUUGCAGGAUCGUAAGCUGUCAAAGGCAGAGCGGCAGCGAUUUAAAGAAGAAGCAGGGAUGUUAAAGGGACUACAGCAUCCCAACAUUGUCCGCUUUUACGACUCUUGGGAAGGACCCUCCAAAGGCAGGAAGUGCAUUGUACUGGUCACUGAACUUAUGACCUCUGGCACACUCAAAACAUAUCUGAAGCGUUUCAAAGUGAUGAAAAUUAAAGUGCUGCGGAGCUGGUGUAGACAAAUCCUCAAGGGGCUUCACUUCCUUCAUACUCGGGCUCCCCCCAUCAUCCACAGGGACCUUAAGUGUGACAACAUUUUCAUCACAGGCCCAACAGGAUCCGUCAAGAUUGGAGACCUGGGACUGGCCACACUCAAGCGCGCAUCCUUUGCCAAGAGUGUUAUAGGUACCCCUGAGUUCAUGGCGCCUGAGAUGUAUGAGGAGAAGUACGACGAGUCAGUGGAUGUGUAUGCCUUUGGAAUGUGCAUGCUGGAGAUGGCCACCUCCGAGUACCCUUACUCAGAGUGCCAGAAUGCUGCACAGAUCUACCGCAGAGUUACCAGCGGGGUGAAGCCAGGCAGCUUCGACAAGGUGGCCAUUCCCGAAGUGAAGGAGAUCAUCGAGGGAUGUAUUCGCCAGAACAAGGAUGAGAGGUACUCAAUCAAGGACCUUCUGAAUCAUGCCUUCUUCCAGGAAGACACAGGGGUGCGUGUGGAGUUGGCAGAAGAGGAUGAUGGAGAGAUGGUGGCUAUUAAGCUGUGGCUGAGAAUUGAGGAUAUAAAGAAACUCAAGGGGAAGUACAAAGACAAUGAAGCUAUUGAGUUUUCUUUUGACCUCAACAAAGACGUCCCCGAGGAUGUGGCUCAGGAAAUGGUUGAGUCUGGCUACGUGUGCGAAGGUGACCACAAGACCAUUGCAAAGGCCAUAAAGGACAGGGUGUCUCUAAUCAGUCGCAAGAGAGCACAGCGGCAGCAGGUCCGAGAAGAUCAGGAGAAGAGAAUGCUAGAGGAAGAGAUGCAGUGUCAAUUACUGCCAGCACAGCAACCAGGCCAACAAUCUAGCACGGAGUUGCCUCAGUCCCAGCCAGUUCCACAGCCUGCCUCUUAUGUCCCUCCACAACCAAACCAACACAGCACACAAAUAUCUGCCCAACCUGCAUCUCAGCAGAACCUUCAGAGCUCUAACUACAACACUCCUCAAUCAGCUCAACUGACUGGCUUGGCACAGGGGGUCCCUUAUGUCCCCCAGUCAACUGGGCAAGUUCCAGUUCAAGUUCAGGGUCAAAGUGUGGCCACCAUCCAACCAGAGUCAGAGGAGCCUGAGACUGACCAACACCAACAGCUACAGCACACUGGAGGAGCCGGUCACAUGGGAGACAGACUACCUGGUUCCACUGUCCUUCCUGAGGCCCAGCCUCCUCAGCCUGGAAUAUCCUACAGCUCCCCACCCAGUCAGCAUCUUCACUCCCAGGUGUCAUGCCCACAGACACAAAAUGACCAAAUGCAACAGCAGCAGUUGUCAGUGGUUCAACCCCAGAUGCAAGGUGUCCAGCCUGAUACUGUUGCACCCACAAACCAGUCUGUUCCAGUGGCAUCUCCACAGUACGGAGUUUACUACCAACCAUCGCUACCCCCUCAGAUUCCCACCCAGCAAGUGACGAUACCCCCAUCCUCUCAGUCAUCUGCCCCCCAGCAACAGCAGCAGCAGCAACAGCAGCAACAGCAACAGCAGCAGCAGCAGCAGCAGCAGCAGCAGCAACAGCAGCAACAGCAACAGCAACAACAACAACAGCCAGAGAGCAGCUCUACUCUUCAGAGCUCCACUCUCCCACAGGCACAGACCGGAGCUCUGCAGCUACAGGCCCCUGUGAGUGUUCCUCAGUCAACACCAGUGGAGCAGCCAGCAGGAUCUUCUGCUCUGGUGCCACCAUCUGUAGAAGGCUGCCUGUCAGAUGCAGCUUCAGGUCUUAGUGACGGCAAUGAUGGAACUUCUACAUCAGGAGGUCGACAUGAGGGGCGCUCGCUGAAGCGUUACCAGAGGCGAUCUGUACGCAGCCGCUCCCGCCAUGAGAAGUCUGCAAAGGCGAAGCUAAUUGUUCUCAGUAUCUCUAACGUGGGUGACAGAGUAGCAGAGUGCCAGCUGGAAACACACAACAGGAAGAUGGUGACCUUCAAAUUUGACCUUGAUGGUGAUAAUCCAGAGGAGAUUGCACAGAUCAUGGUUGAGAGCGAGUUCAUCCUGGAGAAUGAGCGGGAGUCCUUCAUCGAGCAGGUCCGUGAAGUCAUAGAAAUGGCUGAUGAGAAAGGAGAGGGGAUGAAGGAAGGCUUUCCCCAGAUGAGUGACCUCCAACAACAGCCUGAGCUGUCUGUUCCCAUGCUUCCAGGAAUUUCCCCCAGUACAACAGCCCAGGUGGUGCAUUCAGCAGGACGAAGAUUCAUCGUCAGCCCAGUGCCAGAGUCUCGUCUUAAAGAGCAGUUCUUUGGAGCUUCUUCUGCUAAUACCUCCUUUGGAGAUGAACCUGCUCCUGCUCCCUCUGUCAUAUUGGGCCUCUCUCUGUCUGCUCCAUCUGGGACCCUCCAGCAGGCUUUCAGUAAGAUGAAGCAGGCUCGUGUAGAGAGAAGCAGCACCCUUGAUCCACCUUCUGCUGAACAAGAAACGGGCACUGUCUCUUCCAGUGAGGCUGGACUCGGACCAAACUCUAACAAUGUUCUGGCUCCUCCAGAAGCUGUAGGUUCCACCACUAGCACUACUUUUCCUGCAAUAUCUCUACCAUCUACUGCAACAUCCACACUGCCUCCCUCAACUGGGAGGGUUUCCCCUCCACCUCUAUUCACGCAGUCCCAAACUCCCGCUCCUGUCAUCAAUGAUGCCAGUCCACCUCCUCAGUCUUCCCAUGAAACACCUCCCUCACAGCUUCCACCAGCUGCCAGCAUUCCUCCGUCAUCUUCUACUCUUUCUCCUCCUUCAGCGCAUAGCUCCAUCCCCACAGUACCUGGGCCGCAGCUGAGCAGUAGUUCUGUCUCUGUCUCUUCUGUUGCUGGUGUUGCAUCCAGUAGUACUAGUAAUGUCCCUGCUUCAGAGCAGCAGCCUUUUAAUAGUGCUGUUACAUCUUCUCAGCCUAUGAACUCAUCCAUCCAUGCACCACAGCACACAACCUCACAGGGUCAGCCUGUUCCCAUUCCUGCUCAGCCCCCACUUCCCACCUCAUCAACCAGUCAGAGUCAGGGCCAACCACAGCCGGUGGAGUCGGAGGGGGCUGAGGUACAGACAAAGACCGCUGGUAGAGAUGACAUCCAAGCUCUAGAUAAGAAGCUACGGUCUCUCUUCAAAGACCAGAGCACUGCCUCCUCAGUGUCAGUGGAUCCCAGCCAGAACACGGGGACCUCCUCUCCGCCCACUGGGACUUCUUCCCCUCCACCUGGAGCCAUCCUGGUGCCCCCAUCUAACCUUCCCCUCACUUCUGGGGUACAAAGUGGCCUUGGCCCCACAACCACCCCGGGACAGGGUAUGACCCCGGCAGGACAUGCCCACACCCCUCCAACUAAGCCCAGGGCACAGACUUUGCCUACUGGUUUCGAUCAAGCUGCUACUCCUCCCUCUGACCUUGUACCCCCCUUUCCUGGACCAAAUCAGUCACAGCAACCCCUGGGUAAUUUGGACGCACAGUUGAGGAGAGCGCUGAGCCCAGAGACCGUUCAGGGAGGUAACAGAGUCCAGCCUCCAGCAGCAGCUUUCACUCUUGGACGUUUCCAAGUAUCACUUGCCACUGAUGGUGUGUCCAGUAGUGUUCCAGAUCCCUCUAGCAUUGUUUCCUCUUCCUCCAUGACGCCGUCCUCUACCACCUCCUCCUCCUCUUCUUCUUCCUCUUCAUACUCCUCCCCCUCAAGUCCGGAAAAUACCCUCCAUCGUUCAUCGUCUCUGUCCAAAGGAGUUUGUGAAAAUAAGGCUAUAAAUGGAGCCUCAUCUCUCCCUGCCGGUCCUUCCAGUCAGCCCACCACUAUUGGGCGCUUCCAAGUGUCCACUAGCAGCAGUGCCACAUCUGGACCCACCGCUGGCUCUAAAGUGGGACGAUUUUCAGUCACAGUGACCCCAGUUCCAGCAGCAGGAUCUAGUCAAUCACACGGCUCCAGUAUGCAGAACGGGCCCUCAUCUUCAACUUCUGACCCGCAUAAUGCACAUACCCAUUACAGUAGUGACAAUGACGACGACUCGGAGACUGAGGACGAGGCUUUGCAGAAAGAAAUUAGCCGUCUGAGAGAAAAACAUAUGAAGGAGAUCCAGGCCUUGCAGACUCGUCAGAAAGAGGAGAUAGAGUCUCUGUUCACGCGCAUGGGGAAACCUCCUCCUCCUUCUGUCCUCUCUCCUGCUGUGGCCAUGCCUGGAGGUCGACGUAGGCUGAAAAGCAAAAGCUACAAAUCUGCUCGCAGUAGUGGACAGCCCAGUCCUGUACACUCAGGAUCCCCAGCCUUAGUUCAGAGCGUCCAUGGUUCAGAAUCGACUCCAAAGCAAAGUUCACCCUCUGCAUCAGAGGCCUCAGAAACCGCAACAGAGGCAUCACAAGCAGUCGGCAGGUCAUCCAUACAGCAGCUCCGAUCCUCUCCAUCCAUGCCGAGCCUCAGCAGUUGCUCCACAGGAUCAAGUGGGACCAGCUCCACAAACAGUUCAGGCCAUUGCCAGAACCAUUCUACUUCCCUGACCCAGGCAACUGGACCCACUCCCUCUGCCUCUCACACCCAGAAGGGCAAGGGCACCUUCACUGAUGACCUUCACCAACUGGUGGAUAACUGGGCAAGAGAUGCCAUCAGCCUCUCCCACUGCAAGAGAGGUCCUAAAACUGGAGCACAAGCAGCACUGGGACAUGAUAUAAUCCCUCCAACCAACGUGGGACGUAAAUUUUCAGCUCCAGGCUACCUCUGCCCAACACUUCCCACGCCUUCCAACCCCACAUCCACCACCACCACUCAACUUCCCAACCCAGCUAACCCCUCUGUCACUCUGGGGCCCCGUAAAGGCUCCCUGGGCCCAGUUGCUCAGGGGUUCGGAUAUGCCUCGGCCCCUUACAGUGCUCCUCAGUGGGCCGGACCCACAGGCACGUGCCAGGUCAGCAUGAUUAACCCUGCGCAGCCACUAACGCAGUACCAGCCGUCAACGACAGCCUCAGUGUCCAUGCACCAAGGCUACCACAUGGGAACAACACCAGCCCCCCAGAAAUCAGUCAGCCCUGGAGGGUCCAACCUGAGGCCUACGUAGCCCAGUCAGAGCCCUGGUCCAGGUUGAGACCGCAGGGUCACACGGGGCAGAGAGGGCAGACAGUCAUUGAUCGAGAAUCACUAGCUCUCUUUGCAGUUUGCUGGCUAGCCGGCUGGGUAUUAUGCUUUUUAUUUUUAUUUCAACUUUUAUCAUUAUGUGUUAUGAGUUGACCUGUGUCCUCUCAGGCAGAAGGAAAUCUGUCUGGCAAUUGGAGGGAGAGUGCAAUACACAUCCACAGCACGAGAGUUUCACACUUAGCCUGCCAUUAGCUGUGGAAUUGAGCUGUGACAAAUGGGUUGGUUGUGUCUGGUAAUGUAACGACCCAAAGGCAUAACCGACCGCAGCCAAAGAUGUCUUUUGAGAGCAGAUGUUGUAAUGUCGUGAUUCCUUUGAAGAGGAGAGGGUAGGAGGGAUUCUGGUUGACAUCCUCACUGGUCCUGAAGACAGUUGAACCAAUACACCGCAACAGACACACGUGUGCACACACACCUGACUAAACAUUGACCUGGUCGAGUGACUUGGGAUGGUAGGUUACGUUGUCUCAGAGGGCGAGGGGGGAAUGUGAGUGUACAGAAAGUGGGAGAUAAGAGUGGGACAGUUAGUUUGUUCCAGGCGGUGCAGUAAAGUGUGACUGGUGGAGUGAGGAGAGGAAAGACAUAGUAAGUGAGGCUGGAGUGUAAAGUGGGUUGGAAUGUGAUUACAUCCCACUGGCUACCUAUUAAGUAAAAUGCAAUAAUGGCAAAGAGUAGAUAAACUGUCCCUUGUAACUGUGGCCUUAAUCCAUUUAAACAUUGACUUUGACUUUGUACAUAGGUAUUUCUUCACUAGGUUAUGAUUCCAUGUUUAGCUUAUUCAUGUCCCUGUGAGAGUCUGGUGUCAUUGUGAUUUGAGUUGUCUCUGUCAUAUAGAUUUAUUAUCAUACUGAUUUAUUCUUCACAUCUGACAUGUAAGCCAGUGGAUCUGCCACAUAAAGCAUUUUCCUGGUGUUGACCACCAUUCGGAGUUUGAAACUGAAGAGGUGAUGCUGCUGUAGAUCACAAUCUGGGUAGAGGGUGUUUGCAGGGUGAUAAAUUAUUUGUCUUUUUUCUUUUUUUUUCUAACGCAAGAAUGAAAUCUUGUUAAGAAUCCUAAAGUGACACAUGAAACCACUUCACUUAGUGCUUAGCUAUGAGAUAUGAGCAGUUCAAAGUCUGCUUAUCAUAUCACACAAAAUUUAACAGUUUUGGUUAAUUAGUAUGUGAGGAAGGUUUCGGCCUAUGAGGGGGACGCAGCCUCCCCACUUUUCCCAAUUGUUUACACAGAUAGUGCACAGCACACAGAUGAACAGGUCGAUAGCAAAGUCUUGUCACAUUAUAACAUUUAGCCGUCACCUCUAAAAUCACAAGUGUCUGGGGUUCUCUUUCUGUGGUCUGUUUUUGUAUGCGUUAUUUAAUAAAACAAAGAAAUGUUCUUUAUGGACCUGUAUUCAGCCAUCAGAUUUUGAUGUUGUUUCACUGUAAUUAUUAUUAAAGGUUGUUAAACAACAUGUAGUUAAAGGAAUAUAAAAAGUGCAAUUGCAGGGUUGUUGUUAUUGGUAUCCUACUCACCACGCAGGAGUAAUCCUGUGGUUUAUUAAGCUCUUCUAUCUAUGACUGCCCUGCCCCCCUUUUUCUAUUUUAUUGUAUAUAUGUUAAUGUGAGGUAAAUGCUUUCACGUAACGCUCAGUCACUAGAGUAUGCUUGUGGUGACCCACUCUACAUUCACAUGCACUCUAACCUGUAAACAUGAGGAACACUUUAGUGCCUUGCAUCCUCACUAAUGACAAGUUCCAGAUUCAUCUAGUCCUGUAGUUGUGACUGUAAGGCAGAAAACCAGUUAACUUAAUCUGUACACGAUGUAAACACAACCCGACACGGCCGACUCAGAGGAUAUAGCGCUCUGAAACGUUGGACCAGACACCACACACAGGACUGCAGAACAAAGAGCACACUGAGUAAUGUGGAAACAUUUUCUUUCCUAUCUACAGUUUCAUUUGUAUUGGUUGUGUAAUCAGCUGUAUAUUUAUAUUUGGCUCAUGCGUACAUUGUUUUGGCUGACAUUUGUUUUUGUGGAUUUAUCAUUAAUCCAUUUCAUAGAAGCACUUGUUCAGGCAGCGAGUGAGCUGUAUAAAGGUUUAAAAGUUGUCAUGCUCCCACGCUGGCUCAACUUUUGUCUCGCCACCUCGCGAGUGCCAUGCUGUCAUGAGUUUUUUGCCUGCUCGUAGAUUGGAUGAAUAGCUAAACUUCUCUAGAGAAAAAAUAAGUUACUGCAAUGCAGAAUAUGCAAUGUUUAAAGUUUUAUAAGGACUGAGGGGUAAUGGAAACAUUUGCAUGCUGAUGAGGGUUGUUACUGACUUCUAUGUUUUUGAUAUCGGAAUAUUGGUGAUAUUAUUUGUCUUCCCAAGUCGCUCUGUUUAUUUGCCGUUCACCAAUAUCACAGGCACAAAUUCAGUAUCAAACUAACAGCUUAUGAUUUCUGCACGCUGGCUUCACUGGUGUUUAAUCUUACAAAUGACAACUGGCCACUGUACAGCACAAGCUCACAUCAAAGCUUAAGGUCCAUGUGCCGCUGUGUAACAUCAGUCAUUAUCGCAGACCUCCACACAGUACGGUUUGAAGCUACUGACAUACAGUAAUAGCUGUUGAACUCCUAUUUCUGAUCCCUCUUUACAGACUUCCUGUGAUUCAGUGUCUGUUUUGUGUAUGUUUUUCACAUUGUACAAAAUGUAAAAACAAAUAAAAAUAUCAAG